AUGGCCGACGCUGAGCUUGAAGCAAUAAGACAAGCUCGAUUACGUGAAUUGCAGGCCCGAGCUGGAGGACCCUCAGUUGGUAGUGCGAAAAGCUCGGAGGAAGAAACUGAGCAAAAACGACAACAAGAAGAAACUCGACAAAAUUUGUUGAUUCAAAUUCUUGACAAUGAUGCACGAGAGCGACUUGCAAGAAUUUCCAUGGUAAAAGAAGAGAAAGCAAGAGCAGUUGAGGAUCUUUUAAUUCGUAUGGCACAAACAGGGCAAUUACGCGGAAAAGUGGGUGAAUCACAAUUGAUAGAUCUUUUAGAACAGAUUAAUCAACAAAAAAAGCCAGAGACAAGAAUAGUUUAUAAUCGUCGUAAUGACUAUGAUGAUUCUGAAGAGGAUUAUUAUAAUAUAUAG